GACCCGCCGCAGUACCACACCGCCAGCACCGCUUUUCGCGCAGCUCACUCGCGUCUUCGGUCGCACCUCUUGACGUCUCGGCUUCGAUCACUGCCAGCUACCUGACGCCUCUCAACGCAGGCCGGCGUUGCCUACCGUAGCCGGGACCCUCGCGCAUAACUCAAGCGGGGCGCGAUGGCGCUGAAGUUUCUGAACAAGAAGGGGUGGCACACGGGGAGCCUGCGCAACGUGGAGAAGGUGUGGAAGGCGGAGCAGCGCGAGGCGGACGAGCGCAAGAAGGUGGACGAGCUGCGCAAGCAGAUCGCGGACGAGCGCGAGGCGGAGGAGUUUCAACGACUCAGGGAGCAGGCGGGGCUCGUGCCGCUGCAGCAGCGGGUGGACUUCCUCUAUGAGUCGGGGCUCUCCACCGGCAAGGGCAUGGACGGCGGCGCCAUGGGUGCCAUGGGCGGGCCGUCCACGGACGAGCUGAUGUCGCAGAAGGUGGACUUCUCGGCGCCCAAGCAGGGAGGCGCGCCCGACAUCUCCAACGUACGGCUCACGCUGGGCGUCCACUGUCCCGGGCUCUCUGUUCGCCGCGGACGGGGGAGCGGGUGUGGGGGGGGGGAGGAGGAGGCGGGGCCGGUGGCGGUGAGUGCGAACGAGAUGUGGCGGCGCCUGCACUCGGACCCGCUGGUGAUGAUUCGGCAGCGCGAGCAAGAGGCGCUGGCGCGCAUCCGCAACAACCCCGUCAAGAUGGGCAUGAUCAGAGCGCAGGCUGAAGUGGAGAAGGGCGGGAAGAGCAGGAAGGAGAAGAAGAGGGAGAAGAAGGAGCGAAAGAGGAAGCGUAAGGAGGAGCGGCGGGCGAGGAGGGAGAAAAAGAAGCGGCGGAAGCAGAGCGACAGCGAGAGCAGCAGCAGCGGUGGUAGCAGUGAAGAGAGUGAGGAGGAAAGGCGUGGUAGGGGCAGGGAGGGGGGGGGAGGGAAAGGGCAGCAGGAGAGUGAUCGGGUAGAUGAUGGUGGUGAGAUGGGCAGGAAGCAUGGCUGGGAUGGUGGGAGAGGGACGAAGGAACCGGAUGUGAGGGAGGAGAGGAGCGAUGGGGGUGGCAGAGAGGGGAGGAUGGAGGUGUGGAGAGCGGUGGGCGGAGAGGGUACAGGGAGAGGGGUGGGCGGAGAGGGUACAGGGAGAGGGGUGGGCGGAGAGGGUACUGGGAAAGGGGGGGAUGCGGUUAGGGAAGGCUUUGGGCGAGGUGGGAGGAGUGAUAGGGUGGAUGGGUGUGAGAGAGAAGGGAGAGAACAGAGGGAGAAGAGGGAUGCUUGGGAGAGGAGUGAGAAAGAGAGGGAUGUGAGGGAGAGGGGCGAGAGGGGAGGGGGGGAUGAGAGGGGGAGGGCUGUGAGGGGAAGCAGUUAUGUAACGGAGAGGAGUGAGAGGGAAAAGGGGGAGGCGGGGGGGAGGAGGGUUGAGACAGAGAGGAGGGGUGAAAGGGAGGGGAGGGAUGAGACGGAGAGGAGGGGCGAAAGGGAGAGGAGGGAUGAGACGGAGAGGAGGGGUGAAAGGGAGAGGAGGGAUGAGAGUCUGGUUGGGCCAUUGGGACGAGGAGAGAGACGGGAGGAGCAGGAGAGGGCAAUGAGGGGAGGACGAGGAGACGACGACAGGCAUGAGAGAGCGCAAGGGAAGAAGAGGCACGAGGUGCAGGAGCAGAGGGACGAGAGGGAGCAGAGGGAGCGGAAUAAGGGGCGUGAGGGAGGAAGCUACCAUGGUAGUGGUGCUGGCGGUGGGAGGGGCGGAAGGGAUGGAGGGCGGGACAGCGAUGGAGGGCGGGCCAGGGAUGGAGCCAGGAGUGGAGGGACGGACGGAGAGUGGGAUGGGCGUCGAGAAGGGAGGUUGGGGGGGAGGCGUGAGGCGGUGGAUGCAGAGAGGAGCACGAGGCAGCGGCACGACAGCCCUUCAGAUAGCGAGGGUGGGAGCGAUGGCGCGGGCGGGGUAGGCGCUGACAGGCGUCCAGCACAGCCCGCAAGGGAGGGUGCGGAGAGGAGUGCUGGCACAGCAAGAGGAGGCACGGACGGGGAUGAGGAGCGUGCAGUGCCACUGUACGGGCUCUCCUUCCACCGCAUGGCGCCACACACCGCUCCCCCUGCAGCCGCACCUGCUGGCCCUGACUCUGGUGUUGCUGCAGGCAAGGCAAGGAACGAGGCGCCUGGGCAGAGAGAAAGCGAGGGGAAGGGAGGGGCGGGAGCCAGCAGAGGCGCUGGCAGUGGCACAGGGAGUGGUAGUGGCUCCCAGCAGAGGGGGGGGGGAGGGCGGCAGGGGCGGCAGCGGAUGACGGAGGAGGAGAGGCAGCGGCGGCUGGUGGAGAUGGAGGCGAACGCGCAGGCCGUGGAGGGGGAGAGGCGGGAGCGCAUCCAGUGGGCAGCGCAGAGGGAUGCGCGCGAGGCGCAGGGGGAUGCUGCUGCUGGCGCCCGUGGGACCUUCCUCCGGGAGGCGCACAAGGAGGUGUAUGGCGCGGGCAGUGGGGCGGCGGGGGAUGCGGCGAUGCAGGCAGCAGCGGGGGCGGGUAUGUCCAUCGAGAGCAGCAUUCGCCGUCGCUCGCACUUCCUGGAGAAGGGCAGGGGCGAUGCCAGUGCGUUCAGGAGAUGACACCUGAGGCGGUGCGGUGGGGCUGCAGCGUGUGAUAGGAGUCCUAUCACGCUAUCAAACUAGACUCCUAUCACGCUAUCAAACUAGGCUCCUAUCACCCUAUCAAACUAAGCUCCUAUCACGCUAUCAAACUAGGCUCCUAUCACGCUAUCAAACUAGGCUCCUAUCACGCUAGUGCGUUCAGGAGAUGACACAUGAGGCAGCGCGGUGGGGCUGCAGCGUGGCUUGGCUUCACAACGCCAGAGGCUGUGUCUGUCUGAUCGGCCAUGUGUUCAGUUCAGCAAGUCAAGAUGUCGCCAGCAGCCAUGGUGUUUUGCAAUGCUUGUCUUCUCGCGUAUGGGAAUUCUAGUGUUUGGCUCUAUGAUUCAGACAAGUGAAUACCACAAAGGACAAAACAUGGGGCAUGCUUGACAUGGUGUUUGGUAUCAAAAGAGAACUGAAUGAUUGCAUAGA